AUGUUCCUCCGGCCGCUGCACCGCGGCCGGCGGGGCCCCACCCGUCCCUGCUGGCGUGAGUGCCGCCGUGUGGCCCAGGGUCAUUCAUCUAAACAAGAUAACUUAGCAGUCACCGCAGUUGCUUUACAAGAUCACAUUUUACAUGAUCUUCAACUUCGAAAUCUUUCAAUAGCAGAUCACUCUAAGACAAAGGUACAAAAGACAGAGAACAAAUCCAAAUCUCUAAAAAGAAACACAAAAGCAAUAAUAGAUACUGGACUUAAGAAAACUAUACAAGGCCCUAAAGUGGAAGAUCCAGAAAAAGAAUAUGUUCUUGAUCCAAAACCACCACCAUUAACUUUAGCACAGAAGCUGGGCCUCUUUGAACCUCCACCACCACCACUAUCCUCAGAUGAAUGGGAAAAAGUGAAACAAAGAUCCAUCCUGCAAGGGGACUCUGUGCAGCCGUGCCCAAUAUGCAAAGAAGAAUUUGAACUUCGCCCCCAGGUGCUGCUUUCAUGUUCACAUGUGUUUCACAGAGCAUGCCUCCAGGCUUUUGAAAAGUUCACAAAUAAAAAAACCUGCCCUCUCUGUAGAAAGAACCAGUAUCAAACCAGAGUGAUUCACGACGGAGCCCGGCUAUUCAAAAUAAAGUGUGCCACCAGGAUCCAAGCCUGCUGGAGGGGACACGUGGUCAGGAAGUGGUACCAAGACCUGAGGAGAAAGGUACCUCCCACAGAUGCCAAGUUGAGGAGAAAAUUCUUUGAAGAAAAGUUCACAGAGAUCAGUCACCGCCUACUGUGCUCCUACAGCACAGACAUAGAGGACCUCUUCUGGGAAAUCGACCACUGCCUGGCCAUAAACCGAAGUGUUCUUCAGCAGCUGGAGGACAGGUGCGGCCACGAGCUCACAGAUGAAGACUGGGAAAAGAUCCAGAUCCAGGCUCUGCACCGGGAGUCCUACGAGUGUCCCAUCUGCCUCACCCCGCUCCCAGCCAGCGCCGACGGUCACCAGGACCCGGGGGAGACGUGCCGCAGCCAGUCUUCCCGGGAGACGGUCCUCCUGUCCUGCUCACAUGUGUUCCACCACACGUGUCUCCUUGCUCUGGAGGAGUUCUCCUUGGGGGACAGUUCUCCUUUCCACGUGUGUCCCCUCUGCCGCUCUGGCUAUCAGAAGAAAAUUCUUGAAUGUUGAAUUCACAGGAAGAAUUAUAUUGCUCCUGGGCAGCGCUGGGGGAGAGGGAUUUACCUCAAUUUUGUAAAAAUUGUACGAGUUUGGGGUGAAGUACUACAGUGCAAUCUGCUCUCUAAUGAAACAGACUCUUAGUAGUUGUACAUAGGGACCCUAUAUAUAUUUUAAAAGCUGACAGCAUACCCAAUUUUAGUCUUUAGUUUAUAAAAAUUUCAAAUUGAUGAGUUUAGUCCAUUGAAAUAAGUGAGGAAUGGAUAAAAACUUGAGGUUCUAUCAUUUAGUGACUCACUAUGCUUCUAGUUGAUCGGUUUGGGCCCCUCCACACAGUGGAAUCACUCCCCUGCUUUCACAGUCAUCUGAUUAAGUGGUUCUGUUUCCACAAGGUUCUGACCGGCAGCAGGAGACCUGCCAGGAUGGUCAUGGCACGCUGGUCCCGGCUCACCGGGUACACACGGUUACUCAGAUCGAGCUAGUGUCUGACCACAAGCUGGUAACUAGAAACACUUCCAGUUGUCUCGGGUCCCUGCCGUUCCUAGUUAUUUGUUUUGUAGUAAUUGCUUUAUUUCCAUGUGAUAACUUACCAUUAUAUUUCAGCACUUUGAAUAUGUAAACCCAAAGUAUAAAAAUAAAAUCUUCAGUGGUAUUCAUCA